AUGGAGGCGGCCGCCGACCCGUUGGAGUAUGAGCUGCAGAGGGAGAUCUCUGACAUCUUGAUUCAGAACUACGUUUGCGGUCUGCGCCAGGAGUUUGAGAUGAAGUUAUGGGAGCAUCAGAACUGCAUCAGCACUCUGAACAGGAAUUGGGCAGAAAAGGUUUCUGAGAUCACGGUGCUGCGUGACGAGCUUCACAAUGUUCUGAGUGUUAUAGUCGCUUCUGAACCUGGUACUCAUCAUCCUCACCAGUCCCACGGUGUCCUAGAAGACCAGAUGAUCAUUGUGAAGAUGAAAGAUGAUAGUGAGCCUUCUGUAACAGAGAAAUCUUCUGAGUCAAGUGAGGUUAUGCUUCAGAUCCCAGAUUUUUCCCUCCUGAAGCACAUGCACAGCGAAGAAAUCACGAACUUUCUCAAGACGGAAUGGCUAAAGCUGCGAAGGCAGCACGAGUCCGAGCUGCAUGAGAAGACAGAGGAGCUGUUCAGGGUGAAAAGGGAACACGCAAAAGAGAAAGCUUCGUUGCCGCUUAAGAAAGAGAGAGAGCUUGAAUUCAUCAAAUCAAAGUUGCUCCAGACCAUCUCCAAGCUUGGUGAGAUAGCCUCAAGGAAAGAGAAUUCUUGUUUUGACGGUAAUGAGAAUAAGGAGAUGCGCAGAUUGAAGGACAGGAUUGGUAUGCUACUACAUGAAAAUAGUCGUCUCCGAGGUUUGCUGGCUGAUAAAAAACAGGAGGUUAAGCACCUCUCUUUGCAAGUAUCAGAUUCAAAGAGCACAACAUCCCAGUACUCACUGUCAGAGACAAAACUGUUAAACAAUUCUGAGAAGCUUAGGGCUGAACUCGAAGAUUUAAAGGUUGAGAGGCACUUGAACAAUUUAGUGGAUUUGUCUGUAUUCAAGGAAGUUUUUGAUAAUUAUGAGAAUCAGAUUUAUGAAAUGGAUCAGGAGGGAUCCUUCCUCAAAGAGUUGCUUGAUGAAAAAGAAGACCAGCUAAGUUUUAUUUAUGAAGAUAGACAAAAGCUCAAGUAUGAAAAUAGUCAACUUGUAUCAAUUGCAGGGUCAAUUAUGCAGCACCAUGACCAAGUCAACUUGGUUAAUGACGAGCUUAUGAUGUUUAAGGAGAAAGUGUGCGAGCAAGAACUGCUGAUAUUGGAGUCAAAGGGCGAAUAUAACUCCAUGAAAAGGUGUUUGUAUGAGGCUAUGCAAGAAAUCCAAGUAUGCAAGCAAGAAAUACUUGGGCUGACUGAAAACUUAACUUCUAUGUCUAUUGCUUUGAAGGAAGCCAAGGAACAGAAUGCCUCACUUGAUGCCACAAUCCGUGAAAUGAAGAAAACACCAGCACAAAGUAUUGACAGUCAUUGGGGAUGGACUGGGGAAUUUGAUCUUGCCAGUAUGGAGAAAUUGUCAAAAACAUAUAGCGACUUUGAAAGCAGAUUAGUAGAAACUAUGAAAAGAAAUGAAACCAGGUUGACUAGUCUAGUUUGUCAGUUUAGCCCACUGGUGCAGCAAGUUGUUGUCUUAAGGAAAAAAGAAUUCUGGUAUAAGCAAAUACUUGAGAUUAAAUGCUCAAAUCUUCGGAAAGCAGAAGCAGAGGUUGAUAUACUUGGCGAUGAGGUUGAUACUCUUCUAAGUGUUCUGGGAAAAAUCUAUAUUGCACUUGAUCAUUAUUCUCCAGUUUUGAAGCAUUACCCUGGGGUUACAGAGAUUUUGAUGCUUGUCCAGAAGGUGUUGAAAGGAGAAAGCAUUGAACACCUAGCCACUAUGGGAAAAUCCUGA